AUGUUACUUCUAAUACUUGUUGCCAUUAUAUCGUUAAAUACAGAUGUAAUUGCUACGACGCGAGAUGGUCGAUGUCCUCAACCACAAUAUGUUUCAAGUGGUUUACCAUGUUCAACUGAAGGAGAUGAUAGUGUUUGUCCAUGGAAUUAUAAAUGUUGUCCAUUGACAGAUGGUAUGAAAUGUUUUGCUCCAUGUCCUGAAUUCACUGAGCCAUGUAAACUUGAAUGUCCAUUUGGUUUAAAAGUGGGUUCAUCACCAUGUACUGUUUGUGAAUGUGCAUCGGAUCCAUGUCUUUCAGCUUCAUGUCCUCUAGGAACAAAAUGUAUUACAGGAGAAUAUGAACCAUGUGCUAUUAAAGGAAGAUGUGGGUUUAAGAGUGAAUGUAUUACUGAUCCAUCUAUUCAUGUUGAUCCUACUCCAAAACCAAACAAAUGUCCAGAUUAUUGGCCAAUAAUGGGUGAUGGUUUACAGACAUGUCGUGGUCCAGAUGCUUUGUGUCCUGGCAAGCAAAAAUGUUGUGAAGCUCCUGGAAUGAAUCAAUUCAAUUCACAAGA